AUGUUUUCUUGUGUUUUCUCUCAAGGUCUGAUGAGGUUCAAAGAUGAAAUCAUGGAAAAAAUAAGAAACCAUCACUCAUCCAAGGACAUCGACAGAGUGUUAAACUCCAAAUCAAACCCAAGAUAUAGAAAAAUCUGCUCCUUUAAUGUCACUGGACCAGAGGAUUAUCUUCAGUUCAGGGCUCUGAAUUUAAACAAAUUAACAGCCGUUAGUCGUCUCAGAGUAGCAAUAAAUGGACUUUUUCCUCAGAGAAGUAAAUGGACGAUGUCAAAAGGUGUUCAGAACUGGACAGAACUUUUGUACUCGUUCAAAGGUGACAGCCAAUCAGGAUGGCGCCUUUGGGUCGAACGGAUUGUAUGGGACCGACUUUCUUCCAAACUGUGA